ACCGGCUUUAAUCGGCCUGGUUCCCUGUCGAAUAUCGUCUCUUCCUGCUUCCUGACCCUAUCGUUAUCGUAAAGUGACCAGAUAGAGAAUUUAAACAAAAACUCAAAAGAAAACCAAAGCAUGGGUGUGGAUUCCUGGUUAUUCAUCUUCUCUGUGAUAGAUGAGGGAGCUUUAUUGUUCCUUGUUGUUUAUUUUGUUAUAACAUUAUCAGAUUUAGAAUGUGACUAUUUAAAUGCUACAAAUUGUUGUGAUAAACUUAAUAAGUGGGUUCUAGUGGAGGCUAUAGCUCAGUGUGUUUUAGCAGUUCUGUUAUUAUUAACAGGACAUUGGAUAUUGUUUCUAAUGUAUGCUCCUGUAACAGCUUGGUUAGUUUAUAAAUUAGUAAAUAAACCAUCAGGAGAUAUUGGAAUGUAUGAUCCUACAGAGAUUCAUAAUAGACAGCAACUAAAGACUUACAUGAAAGAAAACCUCAUUAAAAUGGGAUCCCAUCUCAUAUUCUUCUUUAUAUUUUUAUACUGGAUGACAAUAUCGUUGCUGGGUUUGACAAAGAGCGCAAAUGCAGUAGAAGUAAUGUUUCCACCUGUCGAAGUUAGUGACCUUUGAACUUGACACGCAAAAAGAUCAAGAACGAAACACUACUUAAUGAUAAUAUGAAUGUUUAAUAUUAUAGAGAUUUUUUUUCAAUUGAGUGUAACACAUUUUUUCGUCUUUUAAUUUAUUUUUAAAUAUACAUGUAGAACACAACCAAGAUGUUAAACAUCUUCUAAAUAUGUAACAAUUUAUACGCAUUUGUAAAUUUAUUAAUUGUGGAAUGUAUAUAUGAGAGUAUUGCUUCUUAUGAUUAUUGACAGUAUAUGUGUACAAGAUUAAAACUUGCAGUAUGCAACUCACAUGCUAUAAAUUGAUCAUUGAAAGGGUAACAUUUAGAGUGAUAUUGUUGUCUUUUUUCAAAACUGCCUUUCCCCAUUUUUAUUGGGAAAAUAAGUGUAAAUUUUAUCAAAUUGGGGAAUUUAGAAUAAACCAUGAAUUUGACUGAAACUUCAAUUUGCAGUCCCUCUUUCAAGAGUCAGACUCUGCUUUGAAAUAAGACCCCUUAUUGUCAGUGAUGAUACAUAAACAGACCCUCAAAUCUGCAGAUAUAGUCAUUUAAGGCAUGGAAAAUGAAUAAAUGAGUGUUUUACAGUUAGUAUUCAUGAAACUGAAACUGCAUUGUUUGGGUAAAAAGUUGUCUUUUGGGGAAUAAUUUUUAGCCAUGUUUUUUUUACAAAUUGGGAUUCUUCUCCAGGGGGGAAAAGCCUUUAUUCUCAGGUGAUUUAAGGCAAACAAUUUAGUGUGGAGGGGGAUUUAGAAUGAGAUUGGAACUAAGGAAAUACUGCUUACAUUUUGUUGUGAGACUUUUUAUGCCUUGUACGAUUAAGUUGGAAUAUUUUUAUAUUGUGUAUUAUUGGUUUAGUUGUCGUUGUAUGUGCUUUUGCAGUUGAUUUCAUUCUUUUAACUUUAGAUAAUACAUUUCAUUGUAUUUAAGUGUGCUGAGUUUUGUAUUUAAGAAUUGAAUGCUUCUUUUUGUAAAUUUAUUGGGGUGUAAAAGCGUUGACCGAAGUACAUUUUGUAUGAAGCGCAGAAGCGCUUCAUUCUUAAAAUGUACGCACGGUCAACGCUUUUACAACCCUAUAAAAUUACAAAAAGAAGCAUUCAAUACUUAUAAUUACAUUUUUUAGCUAGGAUCAUCAUUGAUGCAUGAAAACACGAUUUUUAUCAAGUUUUAUCUUAUUCACCUGUGCACUUUAUUGUGGGACCUCGUGUCAUCAUGAAUGAUAAAUGUUAUUGUCUAAGUAAUUGCUUACAGAAUAACAUGUGAUGUGGAGUUAGCCAAUCAGAUAAACGUAUUAUAAUGAAACAUACAUCUAAUGUAAUUAUUAAAGUAUGAAUGAGCUUUGAUGAUCAAGUAAAAGGAAAUUGUAUAAUGCUUUUAUUAUUUAAUAUAAAUAAUACAAUGAUUUGUAUUUUCAUUUCAUUUUAGUGUACUAUUUCAAGUUAGUUAAAAAAAAACAUACAAAAAAAAUCACACCUUAAAGCCUUUUUCCUAUCUUGCUCAAAUUUGCACUACAGUUAUCACAAUCUUUAUAUUUGUCAACAUGGUCAAACCGCUCUCAAAUAUAUGUUUAAGAUGCAACUGUAUUGUGAAAUUUUUAAUAUUCAGUUAACUUAUAUAUUAUGUAUAUUUUUGUGUAAAAUACUUAUGAAAAUAGGGAGGCUCUUAUUGUUGUAAUAUUCCUCUUAUUAUUUUUUUAUUCAAGAGCUAUGAUACUUAUAGAACGCCUCUUUUGGAAAUUCUGUAAUUUAUUCAGGGAUAAAUAAAUACAUUUUAGAAGUCACAAUAUGCAUUUAGGUCACAAAUUGGUGCAGAUUUUGUUGUUGCAUAAUUAAUAUUGGUGCAUGUAAUACGUGUUUAUUCAGAUUUUUAUUCCAUGUUUGUAUUAUAUAAUGAUAAGUCCCAAGUGAUAAUGUUUGCCUAUUGAUUGUUUCAUUACCAAGUUUUAGUCCAGUUUGUUUAGGAAAAUGCUAUGUAAUAAUGUUAAUACAUGUUAACGAUUUGGGGGUCCUCCGUUUUCAUAAAGUUCUGGUUUUCUCUUAUUUAAACACAACAGAAUUAUGUAAAAGAACAAAUGGAAAUUUUUUAAUAUCUCAUCCUCAUUUUCUGAAUAAAAUUAAAAAUACCUAUUUGAUGAAACAUCAAUUCUCAAUAUCCCGCAAUUCCAAUCGUAAUCAUUCCAUCAAAGUAUUUGGUCUUCAACCGUGUAAGCUUUUGUGACGUCAAUUUAUGUUUGUUGGGCUUAAAUUCCUUUUUUCACAUUGGCUAUAUAUAUUGCAUUCAUAAAAGAUAAAUGUAAAUAAUGAUAAAAGAUGACACUUUUCUGCAGUUAAGAUUGAAUAUUGUACAUAAGAAUCAGUGAUGCUUAGUCUUCUUUGAGCUGGCAUACCGUAAUUAUUUAGUCAUUUGAAGCAUAAAGACGCCCAGUUGCCAAUAUAAGAGUUAACUGAUGUCAUUAAUCAAUGUAUAGUUGAAAUUGUUUUUUUAUACACCUAGGAACCAAAGAAGCUUCUAUUCAACAUUUUUUUUUUCAAAUAGCUGUUUUUUUUAGAAUGCAAAAUAAGAGGUAUUUAAAGACAACAGUAGUAUACCGCUGUUCAAAACUUAUAAAUCCAUGGACCAAAAACAAAAUCGGGGUAACAAACUAAAACUGAGGGAAACGCAUUUAAUAUAAGAGGAGAACAACGACAGGUAUCCUCUAUCUAUAAAGUUGAUAACAAUUACUGUAUUGUCACAAAAAUAUUUAAAAUUUUAUUACAUGUAUAAAACAAAUGGAACAAAUCAUAUGUAAUUAUAUAGCUGUAAGUAUUGUGUUCAACAUUUUAUGUAGCUUUUGCACUUCUUGAUCUCAAUAGAAAGUACUGUUUUUUUCAUAACCAGAUUGUUGUUUUUGCUUAAUUAAUAAUUAUAUUGUUAGAAACCUGUAAAAUACUAAUUUCAAUUGAAAUUCAAGAAUGUUUGUUUGUCAAAGAUAUCACUUCAACCUGAUUUAGUGUAAGCUCUCCUUUAAAAAAAAAAUCACCCAAAGAUCUAUUUUCUAAGGAUUGUUAACUACUUGGGAUCUCCCCAUUAAAACAUUUUAAAAAUUUGAUAUAAUUCUGCUGUAAAAAUAAGCCUCCUUGCAGUUAAAUCUACAUCUAUAGAAAAUAAAAUAAAUGAAGGGGUGGAAAAGGGAUACUUCCAUCCCAUCAUGCAUUAUUUUGUAUUCACUACUUUUAAAAGGAGGUAUAUAGUGAUGCAAUCUUAUUAAAAACUGAUCUCUCAUCGCUCCCGUUUUCUGAUAUGUCACAUGGGAGAUCUAACGAAACCGGUUUUAAGGUCACAUGUGAGUGACCUCGUAGGUGUGUCUUUUUGAUCAAUGAAAUUGAGUCUUCCACCAUCUUGAAAGUUUAUAGUUGGGUAAAGGGAUGUAACUUAUUUUAUAUACGACGAAAUCUUCAGUAAAAAUAAUUCAUAAACUUUUUUGAUUGGCUUAUUAAUAGGUUGUCAACUCAUUUGCAUAUCAUUAUAAAUUCAUAACUUCUAGUUCACUCACAUGUGACCUCAAAGCGGGUUUCGUUAGAUCCCACAUGACAUAUCAGAAAACGGGAGGGAUGAGAGAUUGGUUUUAAUUAGAUUGAUAGUGAUGCACAUGUCCUUUUGUCACAAGUAAAGUUAACAGAUGAAAAUUUAGUAACAUUAGACCAAAUCUUUUAAAUUUUUACUCAUUUUCAUGCACUAUGAAACACAUGUCAAGUUCGAAUUGAAUGUAUUGAAAUUAUAUUAUGCCCUUACUUACUUUAAAACAAUUUUUUGUUUGCUUUGAGUUGAUAAUAAUAGUACCAUUUUGUAAAAUCUUUCUAAGAUUUAAUACAGUAUCACGCUAAAAAUGUAAUUAUUUUGUUUUGGCAAUGCCCAUUUACUGUUAAGUUUUUCUGCCAUAAGGCUUUUAAAAUUAUUUAGUAUAUGAAGACUUGCCAUACAUUAAAAGUACAUUUUUUAGACAAUCUUCUCUUAAUAGUGUCACGAAAGAUUUUGUAUUUUUAGUAUAUAAUCAUAUUUGUGUAUUUUCAUAUCAAUUAUUGGUCUGUUAAAUGCAGCAGUUUAUUAAAAAUAUUAAAAUGU